UCCUGCUAAGCUUUGUUUUGGUCCGAACUUGAGUAGGGCUGAAACCGCUGAGGACCGAACUUAUAAACGCCCGCUCUUCAAGAAAGGAGGUAAAUUUCUGAGGUUGGUGCUUGCACAUCGGAAGGCCUCGGGAACCAGGCUAAAAUAUUCAUUGACUUUUACUUCUAGUUCCAAAACAGUUAUGCGAGUCCUCCCCCUGAUACUGACGGCCAGACGGGGCGGUAUCAGUGCAUGGUCCAGGAUUAAUAGACCCAAAAAUAGUCCCGUGACUUCUCAGGCUGUCAGAACCAUGGCCUCCAAGCUGACCGGAGCCGAUCGGAUAAAAGGCACAGAGAAGAACAUCUGGGUGGAGUUUGGAAAGCUUGCAGUGGAAAAUGAAGCUCUGAAUUUAGGACAGGGAUUCCCCGACUUUAAGCCACCACAACACGUGAUUGACGAAAUGGUGACAGCGGUUGCCAGUGACAACCACCUGAUGCACCAGUACACACGGAGCUUUGGUCACCCCAGACUGGUGUCAGCUCUCACCAAAUUAUACUCUCCUCUUAUCGGACAGGAGCUAGACCCCAAUAAAAAUGUGACGGUGUCGGUGGGAGCGUACGGUGUUCUGUUUUGCGCUGUUCAGGGACUGUUGAACCCGGGGGAUGAGGCAGUGAUUAUUGAGCCGUACUUCGAUUGCUAUGAACCAAUGGUGAAAGUGGCUGGAGCGACCCCAUUUUAUUGCCCUCUGAGGCCUACAAAGACCGGACAGGUGACGUCCAGUAGGGAUUGGAAACUGGACCCUAAGGAACUGGAGAGUAAAUUCAGUGAGAAAACAAAGGCUGUCUUCAUCAACAACCCGAAUAAUCCAGUCGGAAAGGUUUACAGUCGGGAGGAGCUACAGAUGGUAGCUGAUCUGUGUAUAAAGUACAACGUGAUUUGUUUGUCUGAUGAAGUGUACGAAUGGAUGGUCUAUGAUGACAAUAAACAUAUCAAAAUCGCCUCCUUACCGGGAAUGUGGGAGAGGACGGUCACCAUUGGCAGUGCUGGGAAGACUUUUAGUGCCACAGGGUGGAAACUGGGCUGGGCAGUUGGCCCAGAGGAACUCAUUUUCCCAAUGCAGAUCCUUCACCAAAAUUGUACUUACAACUGCCCUACACCUGUGCAGGAAGCAGUAGCUGGAUCGCUAGAAUACGAAAUGAAAAUGUUAGAUCAGCCAGACAAGUGCUACUUUUACUCCCUGGCGAAAGAGCUACAACCAAAACGAGACAUGCUGACAAAGAUCUGUCAGGAGGCGGGACUGUCCCCGGUGGUUCCAGAAGGGGGCUACUUUAUGAUGGUCAAUACGACCGGCCUUAAUGUAGAUUUUCCUGAUGAUGGAACAAAUGAUCCCCGUGAUUUCAAGUUUGUCAGAUGGAUGACGAAGGAACUCAAACUGGCGGCCAUUCCACCAUCUGCCUUUUACAAUCAGGAACAUAAAAAUUUAGGAGAAAACUACAUUAGAUUUUGUUUCAUCAAAAAAGAUGAAACGAUUGCAGCAGCUGGUGAUAUUCUCAAGAAGUGGUCUGGAUCAUUGAAGAAAUGACUUUUACUGUGUAAUAAUUAAACCUUACAAGUAUUCAAACCUUCAUACAGCAUGAAGUGUUGUGCCAUUUAUAAAUGAUGCAAGUAUUGCCACAUGGUUGUUAACUGUGUAGACAGAGACUCCGUGUCCUUCAGAUUUAUUGCUCCGAUUGUGAAUUCCGAAAAUUUAAUGGAUUUUAUGUAUGCAAGUAAUUUUUUGAUAGUUUAUUAAGUCAUCUGUGAUUUAUCUUCACUGUAUGUCCAGCUGUGCACCCCCAAGAACUUGGAAAGAGAUAGGACUUUGAUAUUUAUCGUGUAUUUUUGUGUGAGGUGCGAAUUGUGUUCGUCAUAUCUUUGUAUCAAAGAAAUGCUAAAUGCUCUGGGGUGUGACUACAUGUAUGUAACAGAGAGACAUUGGGUAUUGAUACAUGCAAUCUAAUUAAAAUUAGAUCUUCCGUCCGCUCCCCAUUUUUCGAUACGUCGUGUAUGGCAUAUCGAAAACUGGGGAGCGGAUGGAAGAUCUAAUUUUAAUUUGAUUGGGUCAUAACUUGUGAAUGGUUAGUGCUAGGGCUUUCAUAUUUCAGGUGUGUAUUUACUUGAGACAAGACCUUUCUUUAAUUUGUUGAAUAAAUUUAUCCAUAAAAACCAUUUGUAGCACGAUUUGUACUGUAGCAGUCGUUAACUUGCCUGAUUUUUAAAAAGCUCAAUUAAUUUUUGUUGCUUUACAACUACCAGUUGACCAAUAUCCACCAGAUUUCAUACAAAGUAUUUUCAGUUGAAGAAUGUGCAGAUCUACAGAUUGAGGGGCACACUCCUUUCCAAAGGGACACAAGCAGGAAAAAGGGGGGAACAAAUUUUCUUGUCCAGAAGAAUAAGACUUGUAUAGUCAACAGGCUUUUGAUUUGUUGAUUUACAGAUCCUCCAACCCCCCCCCCCCCUUUUUUUUUUUUACUUUUAGGAAAAAAAGGAAACAAAUUGUUGCUAUAGUAGCAUCCAUAGUAACUAGUGUACCAUGUUUAAUGUGGAGCAGUAGGGACAAUACAAUCAGGGAAUCCAAUUACUCCAGAGAAAAUGUAAACUAUGUAUUGUAAAAUAAUCACGUAAUUUCAUGUAAAAUUACAAUAACCAUGUACCGCUGAACACUUUGAAAUCUUCAUAAGGAAACAAACUUGAUCCUUGUAUUAAAAAAAAAGUAAAGAGGCAUCUCAUUUGAAAUAGGUAGUUUAAACCAUAUAUUAUAUACCUUUAGUUUGAUGUUGAUGGAUUAUUUUAAUAAGCAGUUGUGACCAACACCUAGUUAACUUUUAUAUAAAUUUUAUUGAUAUUGAGUGAAUGCAUUUUUGCAGGGGUUUAUUUUCUUGCUUUUUUAAUGUUUUUUUGGAAUUGAUGUGAUUAAGAUAUUAGACAUUUGUAGGAGGUAUUCCGUAGCUGUUUAUUUAUUCAGGUACGACUUGUAUAUAUUGAAUACAAGUGUUUAGAAUACAUGCCAUUUUUAUGUUUUCAUGAAUGAGUGAUAUUGAUAACAUUGAUAGGGCAUUGGAAUGAAAGUUUUGCCAAAACCUCAAGUUUAACUUGUUUUCUACAAUAAAUGGUUUCCAAAAAUU